AUGGAUGACCCUUUUAACGCUGGCUCUCCGGGCCCGGAGGAGGUAGAUCUCUAUGAACUUCUCGAAAUCGACAGAACCGCGACACCAGAACAGAUCAAGAAGGCUUACCGAAAGGCCGCUCUCAAGUACCACCCAGACAAGGUCGCCGAGGACCAGCGAGAAGAAUCAGAAGUCAAGUUCAAGGAAGUCACACAAGCCUACGAAAUUCUCAGCGAUGAGCAGAAGCGCGAGAUGUACGACGUUCACGGCAUGGCCGCCUUCGACAAGUCCCGCGGCGGUCCCGGCGGUCCUGAGGUCGACCUCAACGACAUCCUUUCGCAGAUGUUUGGCUUCGGCAUGGGUCCUGGAGGUCCUGGUGGUCCUGGCGGCCCCGGCGGUCGAAGCCGACCUAGACGCGGUCCCGACGAGGAGCAAGAAUACAAGGUGACACUGGAGGAGCUUUACCGUGGCAAGACUGUCAAGUUUGCCGCCAACAAGCAGGUGCUGUGUGGUCAGUGCAAGGGCUCCGGCGGCAAGGAGAAGGCCAAGUCCUCGUCUUGCGAGCGCUGCAAGGGUAACGGUAUCGUUGAGGCAUUCCGACAAAUCGGCCCCGGCAUGAUGCGACGUGAGACUGUUCUUUGCGACCACUGUCAGGGUGCUGGCCAGGUCUUCAAGGAGAAGGACCGAUGCAAGAAGUGCAAGGGCAAGCGAACAACCCAAGAGAAGAAGGUUCUCGAGAUUUACAUCCCCCGCGGAUCCAUGCAGGGUGAGCGUAUCGUUCUCGAGGGCGAGGCCGAUCAGUACCCGGACCAAACGCCUGGCGAUAUUGUUUUCACACUGGUUGAGGAGCCCCACGACUUUUACACUCGCAUCGGUUAUGAUCUGUCUGCUGAGUUGACUGUGUCGCUUGGAGAGGCUCUAUCCGGUUUCUCUCGCACAGUCUUCAAGCACCUCGAUGGACGAGGCAUUCAUAUCGAGCGACCCCGAGGCAAGAUCCUGCGACCAGGUGACGUCCUCAAGGUUCCUGGUGAGGGUAUGCCCCUGAAGCGUGGUGAGACCAAGGGCGAUCUCUACCUGAUUGUCAAGGUUGAGUUCCCCGAGGAUGGCUGGCUGAAGGACGACUCAGAGUACGAGGCUCUGCAGAAGAUGCUGCCCGCUGCUCCCGCGAACGUUGAGGCUGAGGAGGUUGAUGAGGUCGAAUAUGAGGACGACGCAGAUAUUGAGAAGAUGGGCGAGAACUCAGGCGAUGGCCGAUUUGGCGGUGACUGGGAAGACGAUGAGGACGACAUGGGUGACGGUCAAGCUCAAUGCCAAACGCAGUGA